CUGGCUCCAUCCUCCCCUCCAUCCCCGCCGUCUCCAUCCUUGGUUCCCUCCAUCCCGGCUGUGGCGCUUCUUCUCCCUCUCCCCCCUUCCUCCUCCGUGCGCGAUGCCUCCGGGCCCCGGCUCUCUGGUCCUGCUGUCGGUCGCCGCGCUCUGGCUCGGCCCGGCCCGGGGACUGUUCCUCUUCGGGCAGCCCGACUUCUCCUACAAGAGAAGCAACUGCAAGCCCAUCCCGGCCAACCUGCAGCUGUGCCACGGCAUCGAGUACCAGAACAUGCGGCUGCCCAACCUGCUGGGCCACGAGACCAUGAAGGAGGUGCUGGAGCAGGCGGGCGCCUGGAUCCCGCUCGUCAUGAAGCAGUGCCACCCGGACACCAAGAAGUUCCUCUGCUCCCUCUUCGCCCCCGUCUGCCUGGACGACCUGGACGAGACCAUCCAGCCGUGCCACUCCCUCUGCGUGCAGGUGAAGGACCGCUGCGCCCCGGUCAUGUCCGCCUUCGGCUUCCCCUGGCCGGACAUGCUCGAGUGUGACCGCUUCCCCCUCGACAAUGACCUCUGCAUCCCCCUGGCCAGCGGCGACCACCUCCUGCCGGCCACCGAGGAAGCACCUAAGGUAUGUGAAGCCUGCAAAAACAAAAAUGACGAUGAUAAUGACAUCAUGGAAACCCUUUGUAAAAAUGAUUUUGCACUGAAGAUAAAAGUGAAGGAGAUAACCUACAUCAAUAGAGACACCAAGAUCAUCCUGGAAACAAAGAGCAAGACCAUCUACAAGCUGAAUGGGGUGUCCGAAAGGGAUCUGAAGAAGUCAGUGCUCUGGCUCAAAGACAGCCUGCAGUGCACCUGCGAGGAGAUGAAUGACAUCCACGCACCCUAUCUCGUCAUGGGACAGAAGCAGGGUGGGGAGCUAGUGAUCACCUCCGUCAAGCGGUGGCAGAAAGGCCAGCGGGAAUUUAAGCGGAUCUCCCGCAGUAUCCGUAAACUCCAGUGCUAGUCCUUUCUUGGCGAGUCCGCACCCGAGCCUGUCCUAACAGAGCAAGUCUGGUCCUCCCCACCUUAGGACUAUUUACUCUCACCACUCCUCGCCUUAACGCCCCCCUUCACCCCUCCCCACCACCACCACCACCACCUCCUCUGCCCAUUGCCGCCACUACCCACCCAUCCAUUUGCAUCAUCUCAUCCCAGCAUUUCCUGAGUUGCAAGUUUCCAGGAGGCCUGGGGAAUUGAUAGCAGUUUUCAUUUAAAACAAAGAAAAAGUCCAAAUUUUGUAUAUAUUAAAACAUUAAAAUUGUGAUUGUUUAUGAAAUCUUACAAUAGUUGUGUUAAAGCUAGUUUUUGAAUUUGGUGCAAAUGUGAUGGAUCUGGUGGGUGGUUUUUGAUUUUUUUUUUCUUUUUCCUUCAUUUAGGAUGACUGGUAUUUUACCUUUCACUUACAUGCAGUUAAUUGCAUAUUGCUUCAUUUCUCUAUAUACCCAGUCUCUAUCCUGUGUAAUAAAACAGUUGAGAUAGAGCUGGCUAUUAUCUCAACAUCUUUCUCUCCUUAGCUCUGGCCUGGAAACUAGGGACUGAGUUUUGUGAGAUUUCAUCAGCUACUUUACACCUUAAGUCACCAAGUUAUAACUGUUGCAUGUGGUAUUACAUUUCCAAGUACAGUUCUUGCAUUGAUAAAGCACAUUAACCUGUGUUCAUGGCAUGAUUUCUUCAGAUAUAAGGUAAACCAGAUAAGUUUUGUAACUGAUCUGAAAACAACUUGUAGCUUUGUUUUUACAAUUUACUCAAUUUGUAGUCAACCUGUAACAUACCUAGUGAUUUACCUACAAGAGUUGUAAAAUAUUGCUUUAACCAACACUGUAAAUAUUUCAGAUAAACAUUAUAUUCUUGUAUAUAAACUUUACAUCAUGUUUUA